AUGUCAAACAUAAGGUAUCCAUUAGAUAGCGUUGAAUUUCAAGUUUCUACUUGGAAUCGAGAUUCCCAUGGUCUCUUUGACUACGAAACUAAAAAUUUAGUAAAAAAAAGCUUCAAAGCCACCGGCCCCUGCUGAAUAAUUCGCACACAAGACCAAAUUACUGCAGAUAAUAUAGAAGGUGAGCCCAAAUUACCUGAAGAAAAUUCCAAGGUCCUGGCCAUGCUCACACAAACGGGCUCAAAUUUUGUACUAAAUCGCCCCUACCAAAACCACAAAGAAACAAACCAAACUUUCGAAAAAAUGUGACUCGUGGUCAGCGGAAUUAAAGGUUACAAAGGUCAAAAGGGCUAUAAGCUAUCAGAAGGCGAUAUAAUUCGCAUCGGAAGAGUUGUAUUAAGAAUCAACGAAAUAAAUGGCUCCAAAGAAACCAGUGAAAACACCCAGUCAGAGCUCAGAUGUCCUCAAAUCUGCAAUGGAGGUCUAGGCAGCCGCAAAAGAACUGUCCUUACUGAAGAGCCUUUAAAUGUCGACGUCGCGUCUGAAGGCAGCAGCCAGUGUUUAAACAGUCUAAACGAAAAGGCACAGUGCAGAAUUUGCCUUAUGGAAACUGCCUCAGAAGAAGACCCUCUUAUAACCCCUUGUAAAUGCUCAGGAACAAUGGCACAAAUUCAUUUAAACUGUCUACGUCACUGAUUAACCAGCAAAGUGACGACCAGAGAAAUCAACAAUUCCAAGUCGUAUUCUUGGAAAACACUCGAAUGUGAGCUCUGCAAGAUGAAAUACCCAGAUAAACUGAUCGUAAAAGGAGUGACCCAUGACCUUUUAGGGUUCGAAAAACCUCAGUCUAACUAUAUUGUGCUGGAAAAUCUGAAUAAAGAUAGGAGCAAUUUAAGGACUAUACAUGUGAUAGCGAUGACUAAUAAAAAUAAUAUUCGUCUAGGCAGAGGACAUGAUGCUGAUAUCAGGAUAACUGAUAUUUAAGGGUUAUAAUAAUAAAAUGGCUUAGGGGAAGAGGUAAUUUGGUCCACCAAUUCCUUUUAACUCAUCAACUUUUAUUAGGUUUCUACACAUGGAUUUCUGCACAAGAGGAGAAAUGACGAGAAAUUUUAUAUUUCACCAGUAUUAUGCAGCGUGUUUAAUCUCUUUCCACUGCUGAUAUCAAAGCAGGACCCUUAGGCCGAAUAGGCGUAGGAGGAGGCAAUGUGCCAAGCAGCUAUUUUUUUCCCAUAUUUCUGUAUCCCAAAUGGUUUCACAGGGAUUAGGAGGAGCGAGCCGGACUGCGAAUGAGAGUUUGAGAGUAGCUAUAAGACGUAGAAAAAAAAAACUCUUGCGAUGCUGCACAACUAGAGGCCAAAAGUGAGUUAAAUUAUGAUAUUUCAGUGUCAAGAAACCAUGCUACUAUAAGGCUUAUUAAGAACAAUUUGGUGUUAGAAGAUAAUGAAAGCAAGUUUGGGACGCUGGUACAGAUAAAAAAACCGAUAUUUUUAGAUAUUGGAUCAAGCUUGAUGGUUCAGUGUGGGAGAAGCGUGAUGGCAAUUUCUGUCAAAAAAAGCUGAAGCUUGUUUUCAUGCUUUGGGUCGUGCAGCAAAGCGGAGGAAGCGGAAAUUCCUGAAAUCGAGCAUGAAGUGAGGGAAAAUACGGAUGAGUCUGAUCCUAGCGACUCUUCUCCACAGUAA